UGAGACCAGAGAGCAAAUUUCCUUGUGGAUUACCUAUAGUUGGAAACGACCCCUUGGUUUAUCCAGCUAUGUCUCUGUGUUCAUUCCUGAAGGGGAGAGGUCAGAGGCACCAUUAUGCCCCUUUCAGGAAGGAAUCCUUUGGAAGGUCCUAUCAUCAAGACUACCAGACCUUGCUGGAAAUGUGCCUGAGGAACAAUUGCCUCUUUGAGGAUGACACCUUUCCAGCUGACAUGAGCUCCAUAGGCAGAGGACCCUUGCUGCAGAAGCUGCCUCCAAACCUGCAGUGGAAGAGACCUACUGAGCUGUGUGACAAUCCUGUGUUCUAUUCAGCCAUGGCAGAAAGACUUUGUCUGUGUCAGGGAAUACUAGGAAACUGCUGGUUCUUGGCUGCACUGGAAGCACUCACAUUCCAAUGGGACAUUCUAAGCCGGGUAGUACCUGUUAACCAGAGUUUCACCAGGAAGUAUGCUGGCAUUUUCUUCUUUCAGUUCUGGCAUUUUGGUGAAUGGGUUCCUGUCGUGAUUGAUGACCGUCUACCGGUGAAUGAGGCUGGUCAACUGGUCUUUGUCUCUUCCACCUGCAAGAACUUGUUCUGGGGAGCUCUGCUGGAAAAGGCUUAUGCAAAGCUCUCAGGUUCCUAUGAAGAUCUGCAGAUUGGACAUAUUUCAGAAGCUUUUGUGGACUUCACAGGAGGUGUGACAGCUACAAUUGAACUAGCAAAUGCACCUCAGAAUCUCUGGGAGCUCCUCACCAGAGCCACUUGCAAGAGAUCCCUCAUUGGCUGUCAGACCCAUCCAGGAGAGAGAGUUCUAGCUAAUGGACUGGUGGAUGGUCAUGCCUAUACUCUCACUGGACUCAGAAAGGUGACUUGCCAUAAUGUACCUGAAUAUCUAGUGAGGCUCAGAAACCCUUGGGGGAAGGUAGAAUGGAAAGGAGACUGGAGUGACAGGUCAAAAAAAUGGGAUCUCUUGAAUCCAAAGGAGAAGAUUCUGCUUCUGAGGGAUGAUGAGGAUGGAGAGUUCUGGAUGUCCCUUCAUGACUUUAAAUUCCAUUUUGUAUCUCUGGUCAUCUGCCAGCUGACACCAAGCCUGAUGAGUCAGGAAGUGGGAAAAAAGUGGAUAUGUUCUUUGAGUACAGGGAGAUGGGUGAAGGGAAGCACAGCCGGUGGCAGGCCAAGGUACUACAGAGACACAUUUUGGAUGAAUCCACAAUUUCAACUCACUGUUCUAAGAGCUGAUGAAAGCAAGAACUUCUCAAAACCCUGCAGAGUCUUGGUUUCACUUAUGCAAAAAUCUAAGAGCCGUCAUCGGAACCAGAUUCUUCAUCUCCCCAUUGGCAUCUUUCUUUUCUGGGUGAAUGAGCUUUGGGAGAGCAAGCAGAAGCUACCUCAGGAGUUCUUCGAGAGAACCACCCCAUUAUUUGACCCCAAAGACUUUCAGACAGAGAGAGAAGUGAGCCAGGAGUUUUUCCUGGAACCAGGCACUUACCUCAUUGUUCCUUGUACCUCUGAGCCCUGGCAGGAAUCUGAAUUCAUCUUAAGAGUCUUCUCCAGGGGACAUGCUUUAUAUGAAAUGGGCAACAAUUUCAGCUUUGUCUUCCCUAGGGAGAUAAUUGACAAAUAUGAAGGAGAAGAGGAAUUCUUCACUAAAAUCUUUGAAAAAUACCCAGAAAUAAAUGCGACCCAGUUGCAGAAGAUUUUAAAUAACAUGACCUGGACAAACCUUACCAGCCUGCAGCCCACCUUCAGUAUGGAUGCUUGCCUGGGGAUUCUGGCAUUACUUGAUCUUAAUGCUACAGGCACUGUGAGCAUUCAGGAAUUCCGGUUUCUAUGGAAGCGACUACUUAUCUAUCAGGAAGUUUUCCACAAACAAGACCAUCAGAGGUCAGGGUUCCUGGAAUCAGGUCAGCUUCAGGCAGCUGCUCAGGAAGCUGGAAUUUUACUCAGUGAUAAAGUGUGCAACUUGAUGGCUAUUCGAUAUGGUAAUUCCAACCGGAUGAUUGGCUUUGAGAAUUUUGUAUACUUCAUGCUUCGAGUGGAGAACAUGGAAGAUGCUUUUCGAAAUUUGACCCAUGAUAGGAAGGGAAUUUACCUUUCAAAGUCUGAGGGCUGCUCAUCCAUCUUUGAUGUCUACCUUUCCCUCAACCCUCACUUGUGGCUCCAAGAAGCUGUAGCAUGCACAGCAGCCCUGCUGGAAAAAAGCAAACCCACCAUGGCAGAUGGGCUAAACCAGGCUAAAGGUUACUGA